CGCGGGAGGCCAGUGGGCUGAGGAGCCCCCAGCGUCCUUUGGAGAGGCCAUGGACUCCCUAGUCGAGCCUCGGUGGCCUCCGGGCCUGGAAGUCAUGAAGACAGUAGAUGACUUGCUGCGGUGUGGCAUUUGCUUUGAGUAUUUCAACAUUGCCAUGAUGAUUCCUCAGUGUUCACAUAACUAUUGUUCUCUCUGUAUAAGAAAAUUUUUGUCCUAUAAAACACAGUGUCCAACUUGUUGUGUGACAGUCACAGAGCCAGACCUGAAAAAUAACCGCGUAUUAGAUGAACUGGUAAAAAGCUUGAAUUUUGCACGGAAUCAUUUGUUGCAGUUUGCCUUAGAGUCACCACCCAUUUCUCCUGCUUCCUCCUCUUCAAGAAACCUUGCCGCCAAAGUACACACUCCUCAAAGUACACACAGACAGUCUUUAAAGCAAGGAAGCAGGUUAAUGGAGAAUUUCCUGAUUAGAGAAGCUGGUGGUUCUACAUCAGAGUUGUUGAUAAAUGAGAAUGAAAGCAAACUCAGCCUUCAAAAAGAGGUGAGCACUUCUGCCAAGACCAAAGAGACACCUUCUUUAGAAAAGACACCUUCAGGCAUCUCGGAUGCUGAUGUUCCUGAGGCACCCUCUACAUCGACUUUGAAACAGGUUCCUAAAGUGGAAUGUCCUGUUUGCGGGGUUAGUAUUUUAGAAGAUCACAUCAAUAAGCAUUUGGACAACUGUUUAUCACGUGAAGAGAAGAAGGAAAGCCUCAGAAGUUCUGUUCAGAAAAGGAAGCCGCUGCCCAAAACUGUAUAUAACUUGCUAUCAGAUCGCGAUUUAAAGAAAAAGCUAAAAGAGCAUGGAUUAUCUAUUCAAGGAAAUAAACAGCAGCUCAUUAAAAGGCACCAAGAAUUUGUACACAUGUACAAUGCCCAGUGUGAUGCUCUGCAUCCUAAAUCAGCUGCUGAAAUAGUUCAAGAAAUUGAAAAUAUGGAGAAGACUAGGAUGCGUCUUGAAGCUAGUAAACUCAAUGAAAGAAUAAUGGUUUUUACGAAAGACCAAACAGAAAAGGAAAUAGACGAAAUUCACAGUAAAUAUCGUAAAAAACAUCAGAGUGAAUUUCAGCUUCUGGUGGAUCAGGCCAAAAAAGGAUACAAGAGAACUGUUGAAAUGUCAAAAGAAAAAGUAACAAAAAAAGAAGAUGAAUCUACAGAAAAGCUCUUCUCUGUCUGCAUGGAACAAGAAGAUGAUAAAAUGAAAUUCUCAGCUGUGCCCUUGGUAAUAAACCACCUCCCCCCGGAGAGACUGGAGCCCGAUAGACCCGAUGACUCUUCUAGUUGUACUGAUAUUCAGGAAGACGCUCUUUCUUCAUCCGAAUCCGAUUCAUUCCAUAGGUGAGGCCAUUGAGACUUGGAAAGAUUAAGCAGUUUGCCCAAGAUUAUACAAUAAGUGACAGAAACAGGACUGCAACCUUGACUUUGACACUAGAACUUGUGCUUUCUCCCUCUGAAUAGUAUUACCAAUCAUACUGAGGUAUUUGGCAUAUUACCUUUCCGCUUUGUUGGUAAAAUCUUGACUAAUGGAAUGAAAUGAGAUGCUACAAAAGAAAUAUGUAAAAAGUGUUUUUCUUUGUCUGAUAAGAUGUGCUACACUUUUGGUCAGAAUGACAAAAGUAAAAUAUUUUAAGGAAGACCACUGAGGCCAGAGACCAACUGAUUCAGCCAACCAACAAAAACCAGUUUAGCUUAUCUUCUGAAACCUUGAGCUGAAAAUAGGUCUAAUUGGUAUGAAAUAUUAAGUGUGGUUGACCUCUAGAACCUUCCUUAACAUAGGUUGGGAAUUCUAUAGACUUCAGGAUUCAUAUUUAUUUGCCAAUGAGUCUUUCUCACAUGUAUUUAAUCUGUAUAAUAAUAUCCACUGUAGCCUAGGGAGCAUAAUAUGAACACCGUUCUGUAGGGAGCUGUAACUUCCAUGUACCAGACCUCGGAUUCAUCUAGCUUCUUAAAGUCUGGUCUACCAGAAUGUUCCAAACCAAAAUACAGAAGCUACAAUGUACUCUGAAAACAGUCCUUGUCCAAGACUUAAAAGCUGUGGCUAUGUAGAUUUAUGCAUGCUCUGACCCUAGGUUGACCAGAGUGAGUAUUUCCUCCUGUGGGGGACUUUUUAGAUGUCUUAUAAGUAUAUUAAAAGAAUUACUUUAUCUUCAAGGCAUAUUAAAAUGACUAAGACUUCAAAAAUACUAAUCACUUCUGUACACAGGGGAGUGAUCUGAGAGAUAAUGUUAGUACCACUGACUGUUAGGCCCCGUAGUCUAAGUCUCUUUGUAAAACUGUAUUUAUGAGAAACUAUGUUUAAUUUCAGUAAUGUGGCUUUUGAGUAGAAUAUAGUAAGUACACACUUUAAAAAGGAACCAUUCUGCUUGGUAUUUUAAUUGUAUUGGUAUCAGUGUUUCUCUUCUCAAUGGU